AUCUGCAACAAUGAUGCCCCCAGUCACAAAUAUGUUGUCUACAGCUGAAAUGACAGAGAAAUCCACUGAACAAACACGAUUGACUGAAUCAACUACUCCACUUGCCACAAACAGUCUACCGGCAAUAAACAAUAGGAAUGAGACGGAAACUACAGCAUCAGUAGAGACGACUGAUUUUACUUCAACAUCCUCUACACACAAGUUUGAUACAACUGUUGCCACCACUGAAACAAGUCAACAGAAAUUAGCAACUACGGAUAGUCUUUCAACCGUGUUGUCACCAACAGUUAGGUCAACACCUGUUACUUCCUUUGCUCCUUUCAUAACAACUUGUUCACUUGAAUCAACAUGGAAGCAAACAACAAAUGAGGUGACAACAGCAGAGAGCACAAAUCAGACUCCACUGUCCACAAAUACAGAAAUUUACAACCCAUCUCCUUCAAAAAUGCCGUCUGUGUCUACAGAUUUCCCUCAAACAUCUUCAGUUCCAAUUCUUGACACAUCUGCAAGCAAACCUACAACAAAUAUACCACCAUCAGUGAGUCAAGAAUCAUCUGCAACAAAAAUGCCCCCAACCACAAUUAUGCUGUCUACAGCUGAAAUGAUAGAGAAAUUCACUGAACAAACACUAUCGACCUCCACACACAAGUUUGAUACAACUUUUGCCACCACUGAAACAAGUCAACAGAAAUUAGCAACUACGGAUAAUCUUUCAACCGUGUUGUCACCAACAGUGAGUUCAACACCUGUUACUUCCUUUGCUCCUUUCAUAACAACUCGUCCACUUGAAUCAACAUCAAAGCAAACAACAAAUGAGGUGACAACAGCAGAGAGCACAAAUCAGACUCCACUGUCCACAAAUACAGAAAUUUACAACACAUCUCCUUCAAAAAUGCUGUCUGUGUCUACAGAUUUCCCUCAAACAUCUUCAGUUCCAAGUCUUGACACAAUUGCAAACAAACCUACAACAAAUUUACCACCAUCAGUGAGUCAAGAAUCAUCUGCAACAAAGAUGCCCCCAACCAAAAAUAUGCC